AUGGAAGAGCCUACACCACUGCGCUGGUCAAGCGCCCUACCAGUCCUAAACCCCUCUACAAUAUCAACCAAGAAUCUUCGCGGCGACAAGAUCCUCCUUCCUCAAUCCGCUCUCGAACAACUCCUCGCCGCAGCUCGAUCUCAAUCCUCAGCAACCAGCAAUCCCUGGUCAACCGACGCCGAUAGCGCACAACAAUUACCGAACCCGUUAACGUUCCGACUUGUCAAUCCGAAGAAUAAAAAUGCUGUUUAUGCGGGGAUUAGGGAGUUUUCGGCGGAGGAGGGGACGAUGGGGUUGAGUCCUUGGUUGACAGAGGCUUUGGGAAUACAAGAGGAUGAGUACGUUUCUACGAAGGAGGUCGAUCUCGAACAAGACCCGACGCAGACCGGCCAGAUGGAGCUUGACGGCGUUCACAUCAAAGUCGAAGCACGCCAAUUACCAAAAGGAACAUACGUCCGUCUCAGACCCUUAGAAGCAGGCUACAACCCCGACGACUGGAAACCCCUCCUCGAGCGCCAACUCCGCGAGAACUUCACAACACUCAGCAAAGGAUCCAUGUUAGCAGUCAAAGGCGCACGCGGUGAGGAGUUCAAACUUCUUGUCGACAAGGUUGCGCCUGAAGGAGAUGGUAUUUGCGUGGUUGAUACGGAUCUUGAAGUCGAUAUUGAAGCGUUGGAUGAGGAACAGGCGAGGGAGACGUUGCGACGGAUUAUUUCUGCGCAGGGAUCGAGUUCGACGGGUGGGGAGAUUGAUGUUUGGAAGGCUGUUGAGGGACAGGUUGUGCAGGGGGAAUACGUCGACUACACGCUUCCUUCAUGGAACAAAUCGCAGCCUCUGGCCAUUGAACUACAUACCGACGACGACCUCGACUUAUUUAUCACACCAAAGUCUUCGAGACAACGAGCGCUACCGAGGGAGGCUGUUCAUGUCUUUGGCGAUUUCUCACCGACCAUCAAUGGGGUGAAGAAGAUUGUUAUAACCCCGACGAAUGUCGAGCUCGAGGGCGCAGAACAGAUCGCCAUUUCGGUACAUGGCUAUAAGCAUCCUGAUGCUACGGAGGAAGCAAAGACGUUGCAGUACACAUUACGAGCGAAAGUCGAUCUUCCAGACGAAAAAGCCGAAUCGAACGGAAAUGGAACACACGAAGAGCACUCUCCCGACGAUGAGCAAUGCAGCAAUUGUCUCCAGUACAUCCCCAAACGAACAAUGAUGCUCCACGAAAACUUCUGCAGAAGAAAUAACAUCGUCUGCCCAGCCUGCAAAACAGUGUUCAAGAAAGGAUCGCCAGAAUGGGAAGCACACUGGCACUGCGAAAAAGACGAUACCUUCGGAUCCUCCACAGAAAGCAAAGCAAAACACGACAACAUCUUCCACACAGAGCGACACUGUCCACACUGCGAAUUCUCUACAAAUUCAUUACCGGAUUUAGCGAGACAUGCGACGAGUAUAUGUCCCGGCAAACUCAUCCUCUGUCGCUUUUGCCAUCUCGAAGUCCCCCAAGAAGGAGACCCGUUCAAUCCCAGUCCUGAAGUCCUCAUGUCAGGCCUCACAGCGCACGAAUUAGCCGACGGCACACGCACAACAGAAUGUCAUCUCUGCGAUAAAAUCGUGCGGUUAAAAGACAUGGAGACACAUCUCAAACAUCACGAACUUGACAAAGUGUCGCGAUUGACACCGCCUGUUUGUCAUAACGUUAAUUGCGGACGAACGAAAUUUGGCGUCGGGGCGAGAGGACAGGUUAGACAGGCGCCGAGUGAAGAGCAGGCGGGUAAUGAUAUUGGGCUUUGUGCUAUUUGCUUUGGACCGCUUUAUGUUAGCAUGCAUGAUCCAGAGGGCAAAGCACUGAGACGGAGGAUUGAAAGGAGGUAUUUGGGGCAGUUGAUGAGUGGCUGUGGAAAGGCGCACUGUGGGAAUGAGUGGUGCAAAACUGGUCGUGCGAACGCUGGCUUGAAAGCGAAACCUUCGAACACAAGAGAAGUGCUACCACUUGUCAAGCCGUUACUCGCGCAGGUAAAAGAGGUUCUGUAUUUUUGUACAGACGAGGGAAGUCAACGGGGAAGAAAGUUAGCAGAGAUGAUGGCAAGCGAAGGUAUUUGGGACCUAGAAUGGUGCAUCGCAGCCGCGGAAGCAGAAAAGGGGAAUUUAGAAAGGAUGAGGGAUUGGUUACAGGCAUGGGCGCCUACGAAGUAG